AUGCAGCCCUCACUUGUUUUCACGAUCCUCGUAACCUUUGCCACUAUUGCUGUGGCAUAUCCCACACCAGAAAUGGGGGCGGAUUGUACUUCUUUGGCUCAGCAUGGCCUUCCUUGUAACAUUGUUGUCGUUGCCACUAGGGACCCUGGUUCUCCUGGUUCUCCUGGUCUGCUUGACUCUCCUGACUCUCCUGAUUCACCCGACUCACCCGACUGCCCCGACUUCCCUGAUUCCCCUGACUCUCCCGACUCGCCUUCUAGGCGUGAGGACGCUGAACCUAACUAUGCCCACCAGAGAGAGGCUUCUGGCUACCAGUCCAACACCAAGAGGUGUGACGACUAA